AGGUUUUUCUAUAUUGCUGGACUGACUCAUUGGUGGCACUAAGUUGGAUUCAUGGAGAACCAAGCAGAUGGAAGACAUUCGUCGGAAAUAGAGUUAGCGAGAUUCAGGAGCUWGUGAAUCCAUCACAAUGGAGCUAUUGUYCUUCUACAGAAAAUCCAGCAGAUUGUGCAAGUCGUGGAAUCCAACCUGCCGAAAUCUUAUCGCAUAGUUUGUGGUACAACGGACCGAUAUGGUUGAAAGACHCGGAUACAUGGCCCACUCAGCCAAGCGUCUUUGCUACAAAUGAAUCUAGCAUGGAGCAGAAGAAGAACACCACAACUUUGAUCAACGUCGUUAAGCCAAGUACAGGAAUGMUUUUUAGCCUGCUACCUUACUCAUCAUUUGUCAAGGUUAUCCGUGUGUUAGCUUGGUGUCGUCGGUGGCUUUUAAAGCACAACAAGGUGGUUACUGCUGGCCCACUUACCAAGGAAGAAUUGAAGGGAUCUUUAACACUGUUGAUCAAGGAAGCACAAGAUCAAGCAUAUGCUGUUGAAAUCGACUGUUUGAUGAAAGGAAAGGUCAUUCGCAAUCGAAGCAAGAUUGUAUCUCUUAACGCAUUUUUGGAUGAACACAAGGUACUACGCGUUGGAGGAAGAUUAAACCUUGCAUCGUUGCCCUAUGAUCAGAAGCAUCCAAUUCUGCUGCCAAAGAAGCAUGGACUUACUGAAUUAAUCAUUCAGUAUGAGCACCUAAAGAACCUGCACGCAGGACCUCAGUUGUUGUUAGCAACUGUUCGUCAAAAGUACUGGAUAGUGGGAGCACGUGACGUCAUAAGAAGAAUAGUACAUAGAUGUGUGACUUGUAGAAGACACAAAGCACAAGAACUUAAGCAGUUAAUGGGAGCAUUGCCAACAGACCGGAUCAAGCCCCAAAGAGCUUUCUYUAAGACCGGAGUUGACUACGCUGGUCCCAUGCUGUUAAAGAUUGGACGAGGACGCGGGAGCAAGAAUGAAAAAGCUUGGAUAGCUCUGUUUGUCUGUUUGGUUGUAAAGGCGGUUCAUCUUGAAGUUGUCACAAGCUUAUCUACAGAAGCCUUCUUAGCUGCUCUGAAAAGGUUCAUCGCNAGACGAGGAAAGCCUAAUGCCAUUUAUAGUGACAAUGGGACGAAUUUCAUUGGUGCUAACAAGGAGCUGCGUCAACUGGUUCUUUCUUCUAAGCAUAACAGCAUAGUUGGAGCAUCUUUACAGCAAGAUCAAAUCGAAUGGCAUUUCAUGCCCCAAAAGGCAAGCCACUUUGGAGGUCUGUGGGAAGCUGGAGUUAAAAGUGUCAAGCAUCACCUACGUCGAAUUGUUGGAAAUGUCGCCUUAACAUUUGAGGAAAUGAGCACCAUCCUAUGCCAGAUUGAAGCAUGUUUAAAUUCUCGUCCUCUGACAUCGAUGUCAACAGACCCCUCGGACCUACAGCCUUUGACGCCUGGGCAUUUUCUAAUUGGUGCACCUCUCAACGAAUUACCUGAAUAUGAUGUAUCCGAUGUGAAAGUCAACAGAUUAAACCGAUGGCAGCACCUACAACAACUUCACCAACACUUCUGGAAGAGAUGGAAUAGCGAGUACUUACUUAGUCUACAGCAGCGACCUAAGUGGAGAAAAGAAAGAAGGAACCUGAUGAUUAACGACCUGGUAGUACUGAAGGAUGAGAACAUGCAACCAACCAAGUGGCUCAUGGGAAGAGUCAAGGAAGUCCAUGAAGGAAAAGAUGGUAGAUGUCGAGUUGUAACAGUAAAGACCACUAAUGGAGUGCUAAAGAGACCUAUUACAAAGCUGGUGUUGCUCUUGGGGCAAGAUGAGUAAUACAUUCAAGGACAUUAUAUCUAUCAAUAGACUUUAAGCAUUUAUGAACUU